UUUCUUUCACCCACUGCUCGCACCAACAUACAGUACCGCAGUCUUCCACGCCCUGCCAAGUCUAGUUCCAUGAGUGUUACUGGAGGCAGGUGUGCCAGUCGGCCACUCAGUAGUACUGUGGAUGCAAGCCUUGUGCCAGUACAAGGAAAGAUAUCAGGGACUCCUACUUCUCGCUUGAAAGAGCCAUCCAAAGUGGCUAGUGGUCGACUAGGUGUUAACCAGACAGAUCGUGAAAAAGAGAAGGCUCGUGCCAAAGCUGUAGCUCAAGAUACAGAAUCUCGAACAAGUGCACCAAAUCCAGUAGAACCAACUGUAAAUAGUGUAAAAGAAGGCACGCCAACUACACCUCACAGGGCAAUAACCAAACCUUUCAUGAAGACUCCAACACUAUCUAAUCUGGAUAAAGUGAACUCUAACAGCCUAGAUUUUACGCCUUCUGUUACGGAAGUGGCACCAACCAAACAGGAACUUCUCUCAGGCGUUUCCUGUCUCACUCCAAGUCCAGCUCCCAUACUGAAUAUAAACUCUGCCAGCUUCUCUCAGGGUCUAAAUAAUCUUAGGAUGUAUCCUAAACUCUCGGGCUUACAUCGUAGCAUGGAGUCACUUCCACUUUCUAUCAGUGUCCCACCUAUACAAUUUAGUGGAGAUGGAGAGAAUCAAAUUCCAGACACUGGGUGGAAUGAUAUCUCCUUGAAGUCACCUGUACCUGACAGCACUAUCCAGGAUAGAAACACAUUACCCAAAAAAGGGCUGAGGUACCAGUCACAUUCUCAAGAUGAACCCAAGGAAAGGCGGCAUUCACACACAAUUGGGGCAAUUCAAGAUAAUGAUGAUUUAUCACCUCUACCCCCACCACUCCCACUAACUAAUGUUGGCAAACCCCCAUUAGCUUGCUUGGUGAGUCCAUCUUCUGCUCCUCGAAUAGCUCGAUCGAGCAGUAUUCCAGCUCAGGACUCCUCUUUUGAGCUUUUUGGUUCCUCAAACCUGGGAAGUUCAUUAUCUCUUGCUGACAGACCCAAAGGAACAAUGACUAGAUCUGGCUCAUUUAGAGAUCCUGCUGAUGAUGUUCAUGGUUCUGUUCUGUCACUGGCAUCCAGCGCAUCAUCAACAUACUCCUCUGCUGAGGAAAGGAUGCAAUCGGAGCAAAUCCGCAAACUUCGGAGAGAACUGGAAUCAUCACAGGAAAAAGUUGCAACUCUGACCACACAACUGUCUGCUAAUGCAAACCUAGUUGCAGCAUUUGAACAGUCAUUAGUGAACAUGACCUCCCGACUUCGUCUGCUUGCUGAUAAUGCACAAGAGAAGGACUCAGAGCUUGUAGAACUGAGAGAAACAAUUGAAUCACUAAAGUCCAAGAACUCCGAGGCACAGGCUGUCAUCCACGGGGCACUGAACCCUCAAGAUCAUGCACCACGGGAGCUGCGAAUUAGGCGCCAGAAUUCUUCUGAUAGCAUCUCCAGCCUAAAUAGCAUUUCCAGUCACUGCAGUGCCGGAAGUGUCAAGGACAGUGAUGCCAAAAAGAAGAAGAAGAAGAGCUGGUUUUUACAGCUGCGUAGCUCUUUUAAUAAAGCAUUCAGCAUGAAGAAGGGACCCAAGUCAGCUAAUUCUUAUUCUGAUAUUGAAGAAACAGCUACUCCCGAUUCAUCUGCGCCAACCUCCCCGAAACAGCAGCAAGGACCUCAAGGUCCACCGUCACCUUCAAUACUCUCAUCACCAUCCUCUUCUGUGUAUGUAUCUCUCGUAGAUUCAGCUAAAAUUUCUUUCUUUCUUUGUAGCAUAUUUGAGACUCAAGAAGGGGAAGAACCAGAAAAGAGGGAAGUGUCAGAAUUACGUUCAGAAUUGUGGGAAAAAGAGAUGAAGUUAACUGACAUUCGAUUGGAAGCACUUAACUCUGCUCAUCAGCUGGAGCAACUACGGGAAACUAUGCACAAUAUGCAGCUUGAAGUUGACCUUUUGAAGGCAGAAAAUGACCGUCUGAAAGUACCACCCACCUCAGUAACUGCAAGUAACACAUCAUCUUGCCCAUCCCCAAGGCGUUCUUUAGCUUUGACUCUCACGCAAUCUCUAGGAAUUCCUCCAUCGUCAGAUACAGGUAGGGAGAUGUCAUCAGCAAAUCUUUCUCCAAUGGAUAGUAUAAAUGGGUCUCUUCAGAGGGAAGUGACAUUGCGUGCUGUUAUAAGAGUUCCCCCACAGCAUAUUAUUAAAGGGGAUCUGAAACAGCAGGAGUUCUUCUUGGGAUAUAUAAAGAUUAGUAACAAAGCAGAUUGGAAAAGUCUGGAUGAAGCUGUGUGCCAAACCUUUCAGGACUAUGUAAAUCAGGUUGAUCCAGGAGCUACCCUGGGCCUUGGCAAGGAUUCUGUGAGUGGAUACAACCUAGGACACUUAUCUCGGGUUCUGGAUGCACAAGCUCCUGAAAUCCCUCCAUCUAGAAAUUUGCGAAACACCAUCAAUGUUAUCUUACAGGGUCUGAAGGAAAGAUGUGUGGACCUGCUGGUGUUUGAAUCACUCAUCCCUAAGCCCAUGCUUCAGCAUUAUGUUAGCCUGUUGUUGAAACAUAGAAGGUUGCUGUUAUCUGGUCCUAGUGGCACAGGGAAGAGUUUCCUGGCACACAGACUGGCUGAAUAUUUGGUGGAGAGGUCAGGGCGAGAUGUUACUGAUGGCAUUGUUACUGCCUUCAACAUGCACCAGCAGAGCUGUAAGGAUCUGCAACUAUACCUCUCCAACCUGGCUAACCAGAUUGACAGAGAGACUGGGCCAUGUGAUGUUCCAUUAGUGAUUUUACUGGAUGAUGUAGGUGAAGCUGGAGCCAUCAGUGAGUUGGUGAAUGGGGCCCUGACCUGCAAAUACCAUAAGUGCCCUUACGUCAUUGGAACAACCAAUCAGCCGGUGAAAAUGACCCCAAACCAUGGUUUGCACCUAAGCUUUAGGAUGCUAACUUUCUCCAAUAAUGUGGAGCCAGCGAAUGGAUUCUUAGGUCGGUAUUUGCGUCGGAAGCUACUGGAGUCUGAAGGCAGCAUUGGGACUGGACAUGGCGAGUUACUCAGGGUUCUUGACUGGGUGCCUCGUUUGUGGUACCAUCUGCACACCUUUCUGGAAAAGCACAGUACCCCAGACUUCCUCAUAGGCCCCUGCUUCUUCUUGUCCUGCCCAAUCGGAAUAGAAGAUUUUCGUGUGUGGUUUAUUGACCUGUGGAACAACUCCAUUAUACCAUACCUUCAAGAAGGUGCCAAGGAUGGAAUCAAGGUACAUGGACAGAGGGCUGCCUGGGAGGAUCCUGUUGAGUGGGUUCGGGACACAUUGCCUUGGCCUUUAGCACAACAGGAUCAAUCAAAGUUGUUACAUCUACCACAGCCCAGUAUGGGGGGUCACAUCUCAUCCUCCCCUCCCAGGGAACACACUGUGAAGGAAUCACCUCCAGCUUCUAUUGAAUCAGAUCCUUUGAUGGCAAUGCUAUUAAAACUUCAAGAGGCUGCCAACUACAUUGAGUCUCCAGACAGAGAAACCUUGUGUGACAGUGACCUCACUUCCACCAUCUGA